GUAGUUUGAUUGAUAUCCUUCUGGCGUAUUGCUACAAGACUUGUGUCACUGAAGGAGAGAAGGAUGUGAGUGCACGUGUGUCGGUGCGGGGUUGGCUUAGACGACUGUGCUAAGUAGACCAUGUUAAGGCAUCAGCCCUCCUGUUGAGAGUAAGACCUGUUGUGAUGAGUUAUGUAGGGGGUGCUCUGGGCAGAGGAGCAGGUGUGUGGUGGUGGUGGGUACCAGCAUGAAAGCAUAAUGCUUACUUGGUCUUUUUCUCUUCUCUCUUGACAUGGGUCUCUACCAAAUAGCAGAGCGAGGAAGUAAAGCUAGGCGCAGAGAAAAAGGAUAUCCUGAGCUCUCUUCUCUUCUAGGAGGGCUCUGCCAGUCUGAGACCUCAGCUGACGAGGAAAAUGCCAGCAAGGACCCCGUCUCCGAUCCUGAACGGGUCAUUGCCCACUGCUUCAAGCAGUUCACGAAGGGCUUCCACCUGCCUCGAAGCCGCCGGCGGAUCAUCAUCUUCCCUCAAAAAGAGGAUCCCAUACCCAUCCAUCCCAUGCCCCAGCCCUGGGCUCCCCUGCAGCCCAUCUCCAGCUUCACCCUGGAAGCUAGGGACGUCCGAGAGCAGCCGGAGGACACAAAGACCUGGCUGAGCCAGAGGAUGAAGCUUCGUGAGGACCUAGAAACCUUCAGCAACUUAGAGAGGUGGCUGCAGAACAAGCCCAGCCUCACGCCUUCAGAGGCCAGCGUCUUACAGAGGAUCCACAAGGAGCGUGAGGCCCAGCUGACUUCUGCCAGAGCCACCGAGGUGACAGGCCCCAUUUGCCAGAAGAAAGGCCCCCAGCCCCCCUGCCAACUGUCCCAGCUCCAACUGCCCAGGCCCUCCGCCCUGCCGGCCUUGUGCUCCUACCUGCGCAGCCACAGGAUCAAGAUCCUGGGGAUGUUGAACAAGGUGGCCUGCAGUGAGAACCAGAGGAUCUCCAGGGAGGACUUCACUGAGGCUCUGAAGGCGGUCAGAGUCCCUCUGACAGACCGGGAGGUGGAGGAUAUUGUCAUCUAUCUCAGCUCUCUGGGGACGCACAGCAGCAUCACCCUGCAUGACCUGACCAACAUGUACAUACAGUGGUGUUUGGCUGAGCAGAGAAGCGCCCUGCCAACUGGAAGGGAGAAGUAUAGAUAUGCUGAGCACAGAGUUUCCCCACAGAGUGCAUCUCAGAAGCAGAAGGGCACUUUAGCCCCAGAGCCUCCGAGGAUGGAUCUACUGACUGUGCCCGUCGUCGAUACCCAGCUGGAGGCACGGCCCAUGACCCUGGAGGAGAUGGAGGACGUCGGCAAGCGGUGCAGAGAGAGGAGGCGGCAGAACAAGCUCAGGAUCCCCUCCGUUGAGUACACGGAGCAGUGCCGCCUGGUGCACAGUGGGAAUAAGCGCGUUGAUGACCACUGCCUCCUAUCCACCAUCCAGGAGGAGAUGAAUGAGCUCAUCAACAAGUCCCGCGUGAACGACCUUCUGGUCUACCUGAAGUGCCAGGAGCUCUGUGGGUACUAUGGCCUCCCGGUGACAGAGGACACCCUCAUGAAAGGAAGCUGAAGGUGAAAAAGCCCAGUGGUCGGCAGUGAACCCCCCCCAAUUUCUUCUGGCCAGGUCACCUCCUGGACAAGCUGCAGCUCUACCUGCCGUCUGUGACUGUGGACCAGACUAGCCCCACGCCUGCUCGGCCGCCUACGACCCCAACCACUCCCGGCCCAUUAAGAACAAGAACUAUGGAUGUGUAGUUUUUUUUUUUUUUUUUUUUUAGGAAGAUCAGCCCUGAGCCAACAUCCAUGCUAAUCCUCCUCUUUUUGCUGAGGAAGACCAGCUCUGAGCUAACAUCUAUUGCCAAUCCUCCUCCUUUUUUUUUUUCCCCCCCCAAAGCCCCAGUAGAUAGUUGUAUGCCAUAGUUGCACAUCCUUCUAGUUGCUGUACGUGGGACGCGGCCUCAGCAUGGCCGGAGAAGCAGUGCGUUGGUGGGCGGCCGGGAUCCCAACCCGGGCCGCCAG